UCUAUUGACCUUUUCUAGAAUGUGGGGAUGUGAGGAAAGAGCUGCGGGGUAAAAUAUCAUUGACUGAUAGGUGCCUAGUAUUCAUUUUCUUUUACUUUCAUCUUCACUUACUUUCAUCUCCCCUUUGCAUAGUGGAUAGUAUAGAAAUAUCUACCUCUGAUACAUAUUCACAUAAUUUUACCUCCAGGUUUCCAUCUAAAACCACAAACCGUAUGUCGUUUAAUGUUUAGCCUUGUAGUCAUACUUCCGCUGCGGGUUCCCUCACCACUCUGGGAUUCUCCGACUAAAACUUGGAAUUAGACCGCGAAUAUACAACACCAUACACAGCAACACAUUCAAAGCUAGAGAUGGAGCCCUACGAAUCAAUCAAAGGCGAAAUGCUCGUCCGAGCAAUGGACGACGAGAACAUCAAUCUAGAACAUUUCAGAAGACUUUACAGAAGUGUGAAAAAGACGAUUGAUGAGAUUGCAAAGGAAAAAAACGAAACGCAGAAGUUGGAGGCGGUCGAGAAGUUGGUAUAUGAGAGUUUUUGUAAGUUUUGGUUGUCUGAUGGUGAGAUUGAAAUGGCAUCGUGUUAAUGCAUAGUAGGGGAUGAUGGGAAGUUUGGUCGAGGAUUUGAAACUGCUGCAACAGAUGUCUCGGAUUCUACCCCGGAAAUUGUGCCUGCGAUGACGAAUGCCGCUGCGAGUAGCUCGACCCAAGCUUCUCCUGAACCAUCUACGAAUCUGAAUGGAAUUGCCGAACCUCCUGUCCUUCAAGCAUCCAUCCCCUUGGAUGGAAAUAUACAACCUGCUAUAAGCGGUCUACUUUCACCAGGGAACGAAGAGGCUAUGUGCACUUAUGCCUUCGAUUUUAACGAACGAUGUAUCCCAUACGAAAUCCGCUCUGUCUUUGGCCAUGAAAGCAUGGCCGAGACAGGCACACUAUUGGAUGUCGAGCUUAAAUAUGUCAUCGGAUCCGACAAACAUAUCUUCAUUGUGAUGCCGCGGGACCCUGAAAAUUUCAGAGAGAAUCCAAUAAUAGGUCGUCAAAUACUUCAAGAUGCACAUGCAUUUCUUGUAUACUGGCACUGGUUCGUGACAAAGUAUGCUCCAAUAGAGAUGGUGAUGAUAGCAGAAUAUUGGUUGAAGCCAGGUCAUUCCACUCUCUGGGAAUAUCACCGCGCAGUUCUUGCUGGGCAGGUCCCCAAAUUUGACAUGGCUGCGCAUAAGCGUGCCCUUUCAUAUCGCGCUGUCGAUGCUCAAACGAUCAAGAAGAGAGAUCUCUAG